GCCAAUCCAGCAAUGCGACUCAUCAGUCUUCUGCUUCUUGGAUGUGCGAUUGGAGCGGAGUCAAGUGCUCAACAAGCCUUGAAGAUGAAUCAACCUUGUCUGUACUUUGUUCCUGUUCCCUUAUCAUCUGUUCCCUUAUCCAUUUUUCGGAGCAAAUUUCACGCCUGCAAACUCAGAAAAGCACGGGCAUUGAACGCGAUCCAACGCGGAAGUGUCGUUCAAAUGCAAAGUAGGAUAAUAUCAGAGGAUGAAUGCAGUCGAGAUGAAGAUAAGAUCAUGAUAGCGCAAACAAGGGCAUGGGUCAAGGAAAUGAUAGUGGAACUAAACUUGUGUCCCUUUGCACGAACACCAUUUCAAAAGGAUACUGUUCGAUAUUCGAUCUCCAAUGCACAAAAGGUAGAUACUGUUGGCAUGCCCCCCUUGAUUGUUGAGUCAAGGAAAAAGAAUUGAUCGACGACAUUCUGCAAGAAGCAUGUAAACUUCUUGACGACGAUCCUGAAGAGACAGCAACAACUCUUUUACUAGCACCCUAUUGGGCCGACGCUCUUGAGGAUUGGUCCGAGCUGGGAUAUUUUCUUGAAGAGGAAAUCUUCGACAAAGAAGAUGAUCCGCUUCUUGAAGGAAGAGUUGGAAUCGCCUUCUUCCAUCCUAACUGGACCUUCAAUGAAAUGGACAACAACGAUCCGAUACACUUCGAGAGACGAGCUCCGAUACCAACAAUCAGUCUUCUACGUAAAGACGAUAUUGGUGUAUACGUUCAAGAUGCGUUGGAAAAGGGAAUAAUCCUUAGCAAGAAAGUGCAGGAUGACAAUGAGGUGACACUCAGGAAAUAUGGAUAUGAUAAGCUUGAAAGGAAGAUGUCUCAGAUCAAGCAGUUGCAAAGCAAGAGAGCCACUGAGCAUUGAGCUGAAAAUUGUUGAGCUCUAAUGCGCCUGCAUUUGAUCG